UCUAUGAAUGCUGAUUCAAGCCCCUUUUAAAAAUGUCUGCGCCCUGAGAUUUUGCCACGAUUUUACUUCAACUGAUUUUAAUUACAAGUCUAGAUCUAGAUAAUCUAGACCUCUUAUUGACUAAUUUAGGUAAACCAUGCCAAAGAAGAAAACAGGACAGAGGAAAAAGGCUGAAAAACAGAAAGAGAGACAGAAAGCAAUCAAUAAUGCUCAGUACGAAAGAGGUCUUGAUCAAAGACCUUGCAAUCAUUUGAUGGAAUGUGAUUACUGUAAAAGAACCCAGAAAAACAGAGCAUUUUGUUACUUUUGUAAUAUGAUUCAACGUAUGCCAGUCUGUGCUCAGUGUGGAAAAAUAAAGUGCAUGUCCAAAGGAGGUGACUGUGCUGUGAAACAUGCUGGACAAUAUGUUACUGGACUUGGUUUAGUAGGAGCUAUAUGUGACUUUUGUGAGGCUUGGGUUUGUCACAGUAAGAAAUGUUUACAAACUCAUGCAUGUACCUGUCCAAUGGCAGAUGCAGUAUGUCAUGAAUGUAAAAGAGGGGUUUGGGAUCAUGGUGGCAGAAUAUUUACAUGUUCCUACUGUAGCAAGUUUCUGUGUGAAGAUGAUCAAUUUGAGCACCAAGCUAGCUGCCAAGUCUUAGAAUCUGAAAACUAUAAAUGUCUUUCCUGCAAUAAGCUUGGUCAAUACUCCUGCCUUCGAUGUAAACAAUGUUACUGUGAUGACCAUGUCCGACGCAAAGGAUUCAAGUAUGUUAAAGGCCAACCUAUUCCUUGUCCUAAAUGUGGCAGUGAGACACAAGAAGUCAAAGAGCUCAGCAUGUCCACCCGAGGCUAUAAAUAUGGAAGGCAACAGAUAGCUACAGGGGAUGAUGAUGAUGAUGAAGUGGAUGAUGAGUUUAGCUACAGAGGUGCCACUGGGGGGUUUACUUUUGGUGGAUACACUCUGGGAGCUGGAGGGAUUAAAGCAGUUCGGGUUGAUGAUGAUGGCGAUGAUGAUGAUGAUGACAAUGAGGAAGAGGAUGAGGAAGAUGAUGAUGAAGAAGAUGAUGAUAAUGAUGAAGAAGAAGAAGAAGGGGAUGAGGAGGAAGAAAUUAACUCUGGAGACAGUGACAAAGAGGCUGAAGAAGAUAAAAGCAAAAAGGAUAUUAGUGAAAAACUCCAAGAAGUAAAAAUUUAAUUGGGUUCAUUGUGAGAGUUAUGAUUAUAUCUAAAAUAUCACAACAGCUAACAAGAAAUGAAAAUAAAAAAUAUAAACCAUAUCUUUUUAUUGAUAUUGGUGUAUUUUGUCCUUAAUACACUUGUGUAUUGCUAUUUGAGUCCCUCUUAUUCUAUUUAUUUAAUGUGUUAAUACUAGUGCUCUAUUUGAGUCUGAACUAAACAAGACCUUGGUGUGUGUAAGAUUAUAUUGUCUGAAUGUUAUUAAAGUUUGCUGAAACAUUUUUAAAAUGAAUGUGUUGACAUUUUUACUACAAGUCAUAUAUUUUAUAUUGAUACUCAGUGAUCCACUUGCUGUAGAUUGGUAUCAGACAUUAUAUUUUACAAUAGGAUGAAUUAAAGGAAAGCUGAUAAUGCAUUGCAACAUGAGUGUUUUUUUUUUCUUUUUUUUAAUUCAUUAUUCACUAUAAAUGUCUUUGUAUUUAUUUUUCUAUGUAAUGGGUCCAUUCAUCUUUAAAUUAUAUGUUCAUUUGUAUUCAUUUCUUUAGCAUUUUUAGGGGAAAGUCAUUCUUGUGUUUUUAUAGUUAAUUAUAUUUUGUAAAAAAAAAAAAAGUUCCCAUUUGGGACCUUGCAGCGUAUAGGGCAGAUGAUGUAAAGGUCAUCAGUUUCUGUGGCUCAUGGUUAACGAGGGUGUCACGUGGCUGGCACAAUGUACAACCGUCUUUACUUUUCCCCAACUAAUGUCGGUACCCAUUAGAGCUGGGUGGGCUCAGAGGCACACAAAGAUCCCAAAAUUAAAACUCCCAGUCCCCCGCACUUACAACAACUCAGCCACAGCACCUCCAAUUAUGUUAUGACAUAGCAAGUAAUCUAUAAAUCUAGAUAGGUUUUGCAGAGACUUAUUUUUUUUUGUAUUUAUUUAAUUUAUUUUUAAUAUCUUUUGUAUAUUUCAUGCUUAUAACAUGCUCAGAGUGCUGUGGUCCAAUCUCUUUUAGGUGCUAAGCAAACACAACUCAGCUUGAGUUUGGUUUUGAACUCUAGCUCUCUUGAUAGAUCGCCAAAGUGUUUAUGUCUUGUAGCCACAUAGCCCACAAUUAGAAUAAUGAGAAAUUAGAUAGUGACAUGACAUUGAUAACAAAAUUAAAAAUGAUAGGAACCAUGUAAUGAAAUAGGACAGUAACUGAUAGUUACUCUUUUAGGCAUAUAGAUACUUCAUAAAUUGCACUUGGGACUUAAUCAAUGAAUUGGACUGCUUGCAUCUGAUAUAGGAUGGCGAAGUAUGUAGUAGUAAUGAUGCAUCAUUGUAAUAAAGACUUUGACUCUAUGGUA